GCCGGCGCGCGGCGGGCGGAAGUGAGGUCGCGGGCUGCGGUGUCUGCGCAGCGUCGGCGGUGGCGCGGGCCUCGGCGGGGCGAGCGGGAGGCGGCGCGGGCCCAGCGGUCGGCCGCUCGUGAGCGUCGUCGUCGUCGCCGCCGCCGAGCCACUCGCCGUGCCGGCUCGGGCCGGCGCGCGCCGGUCCCGGGGGCGCAGGCCACUAUCUUGAAAUCAUGAACCCUGUUUAUAGCCCCGGGUCUUCUGGGGUUCCCUACGCAAAUGCCAAAGGAAUUGGAUAUCCAGCUGGCUUUCCUGUGGGCUACGCAGCAGCUCCUGCCUAUUCUCCUAACAUGUACCCCGGAGCAAAUCCCACCUUCCAAACAGUGCUGGAGAUUGAACCCAGGGUCUUGCACAUGUUAGGCUACACUCCUGGUACACCUUACAAAGUGUCCUGUUCCCCAACCAGUGGGGCUGUGCCGCCAUACUCCUCCUCCCCCAACCCCUACCAGACGGCCGUGUACCCAGUGAGAAGUGCCUACCCCCAGCAGAACCCAUAUGCCCAGUUGUCUCUGUUUUCCCCACAGCAAGGCACGUACUAUACGCAGCCUCUGUAUGCGGCGCCCCCUCACGUCAUUCACCACACCACGGUGGUGCAGCCCAAUGGCAUGCCAGCAACUGUCUACCCCGCUCCCAUCCCUCCUCCCAGAGGCAGCGGGGUCACCAUGGGCAUGGUUGCCGGGACCACAAUGGCCAUGUCAGCAGGUACCCUGCUGACUGCUCAUUCUCCAACUCCUGUAGCCCCUCACCCAGUCACUGUCCCCACAUACCGAGCCCCAGGGACACCCACCUACAGCUAUGUGUCCCCUCAGUGGUGAUGGCCCUGCAAGUUAAGAUUGAGGAUGGAGCUGUGCAGUCACUUCAUUGAGUUCCACAGCUGGUGCUGCAGGCCUUGUGCCUCCAACCAGGACUUUGUUCUUAAAGCUCUCAACACAUAGCUGAACAUGACUGCGUCCCAGCCCAGCAGGCCCCAGCUCGAUAGUCUCCAGCUAACUCUGUGGGUUGGUUUUAAAGCAAAUCCUGUUGUGGACUGCCUGGCAAAUUUUUUAGCUAACUGUAAUGAUAAAAAGGGAGUGUUACUCUAUUCUGAAUCUUACCUAGUUGAAUGCAUGUUUAUAAAAACAAACACAAAAAGCUUGCUCAAUUUACCUGCAGUGACUGAUGCAAAACCAUCACAUGCAAAAUCCAAAGGACUGGACCGUGUUCUGCAGCCUGUGUCACAUGCACUGUCAUAAUGUAUGCUUAGUCUCACAGCCACAUGCGUGCAAGUGAAUGUCCUCGAGAGUCAUCUGCAGUACUGGACCGGGUUCUUGGGGUUGCCAGUUAGGGACACAGACUUGUAGUUUUCAGAGACCUGGGUUUUUGGCACUGACUAACCUGGAGGGAGCUGCAGGGACUGGGAGGGCGACUCUGUGAUGGUUCCAGAGCAGCAGAGGAGCAGUGGGUUCCCUCUCCUUCAUUUCCCCUGCAGUGUGGUCUGAGCAGCAGGGAUGUACCUGAAGCCUACCCGGGCGUGUGAGAGCUGGGUGGCCAGUAGAGCUGGGGUGAGGGGUGAUCUGUGUCAGCAGAGCAGUGCCUGCCACAUGAGCGUCCACUGUAGGUCUUACAGGACAGUGUUUUGUGUAGCUGUCGGGACUGUGGGGAAAGGCCAGUGUCUUCCCAGGAGGGAGGCUGUCUAAGAAGAACGGCUACACUGAGCUGGCAUUCAUUGCCUUUGCUUUCUUCCACUUAGGGACUCAUCCCUUUCUUUCCCCCGAGUCAGCUGAAAACACACGGCACUGCUGUAUUCACCCCACAGAGAAGGGCAGAGGCUUCAGCCGUGUGCUGUGGAGAAUGGUGUAUAUUUACGACUGGUUAAAAGGGAAUAAGUGGGUUUUUUUUUUGUUUUUUGUUUUUUUUUUUUUUUUUUUAAGUUAGUUCCCCGUGUUUCUUGUAGAGAAGCAGAGCUGUGAUUAUGUCUAAAAAAUGUAGAAGCGAUGUAGCUUGUCCUGGGGUCGUUCAGCUGAUGGUGGCCUGUCCUCCGUGUCUAGCUGGGGCAAGGCCUGGAAAGUCUGCCUAAGUGUCCCGUGAGCCUCUUCUGCCACCUUUCUCUGUGGCUGGCUGACCGCACUCAGCACGUGUGGAGGGUGGAAAGGGUCAGGCAGUUUGGGAUUGUGCUUGCUUGUCUACAGCUGUUGUGGGAGAGAUUCUGAGUAUGUACAUAAGGAAUCAAGAAGGUUCUUUCUGCUUGAAUAUGCCCAAUUUGAAUCUGUGAGAGCGUUUCUGUUCAGGGUGGGUCGGAAGGGCAGGGCGUGAGAACUUCUGACGAGUGGGGAUGUUUUGUUUGUUUUGGUUUCUUCCCCCCAUUGAAGUACUGGGGUCUUGGCUGGAGGGGGUGCUUGUCUCUGGCAGCUACGUCAAGGUUCCCAUGUUGGUGUGGAUGAAGCCUGAUUUUAUAGUAGUGCUCUCCAUAAUUUGUUUUUAGCUUUCUUUUUUCUUUAAGACAUUUUGUAAAAUUUCAGCAUGGAUCAUUGUAAACAGAAGAGUUCUCAUUCCUAAUGUCCAUGAACAUAGAAUGUUUACGGAUGAGUAUGUUUAAUCACCGCCUCAUGAGCACUUAACCGUGUGUGUGUGUGUAUGAGUAUGUGUGUGAGUUUGUGUUCAUGAAUGUAUGUGAAUGUGUGAGAGUGUGUGUGAGUGUGUAUCAUGUGUGUGAGAGUGUGUGUAUCACAUAUGUGUGAGUGUAUGUGUGUGUAGUAAGAAAGCACACAAUGCACACAGAUAAGAGCAUUUGCUGUAGGCACACAACUUGGAUCUGUAGUUCAUGUUGGGAUUCCCAUCCAUGUGGUGGUUUGCAGUGUUGCUGGUUCAAGGUCUCCCCUGGACCCAACAGACAGAAAGUGGUUUUCACAAGUGAACAUGCACAGAUCAGUGGAACAAAUGUACCCAGAUUUUCGCAUGUGUUUGGAAAAAGUCCCCUCACCCACCCCCCUCUAAACAUGCCUGUGAAGGGUAGAGUUGUUCGCCCGCGGCAGGAAGUUAUCAAGUCUGUGGGUCUGCUUGCAGCUGCACACUGUUUCCACAGGCCAAGUUCUCAGGAGAAAGGAGAGUGGGGUGGCAUCCACUCCUACGGAUAGCAGCUUCACACACCAUUCUUUCCCUUCCAAAUUGAAUUACAUUGACUAUCAAACACCUCUGUAUUGUACAACUCAUCUGAGCGGAAGUCUUUUCUGUUUUGAAACUGUCAUGCCAUCAGCUAUGGAAUCUGCUGGUGAAAGGUCUUACCUACCAGGUAAAAAAUGGGCACGGGGACAGUAACAAAUUGUCACACGUGGUGAUCUCAGUAGCAUUCAGUUUCAAUAAAAUUAAGGAACAGAACUCCAGUCAGUAUUCUGUUACACAGCUGCAUAUGUAUCCCCAAAACAUUAAGGAACAUUCCAAGAAAAUGUGCUUUUUAUGUGUGCAACAUUCCCAACUCUAGUCCUUCAGCUGAAUUCUAGAGGUAAGACAGGCAGGCAAAGGCCCUGAUACCUGUGAACAUGAACAACAACAUUUUUAGGUGUAGAUAUAAUUUUUUAGAGUUUAUUCUCUGCUGCCUCCCCUGAGGCUGGGGAGCUUUGUUCUUUUGCUGCUGCUGUUUGUAGUUUGAAGUUUGGUAGAGUUCUUGAGUAUUAAGCAACCUGCGAGCUCCCUGAGAAGAAAGGCCACCGUCAAGAUUGGGCUAGUUAGAGUACAGGCAUGGAAACUCUUCCAGAACUUCUGUCCCUGUCUUGCGGUCUUUGUGGAAGAACCAUUGAGUGGAUGCUGGUCUGCCAGUUAGCGUUCUGGGUAGCAGCUUUGGAGUGUUUUGCAGUGUUUCCACCAGGAGAGGGGGUCCUCAGUUCUGGAUUGCCUGCUGAGUAUCCUACCUUUCCUCAGCCUUGUAUCUGGUUAUGUUAGCCUGCUGUGCCAGGAGGCUGGAGGAGCAGAGUGGAUGUUUCUUAGGGGCAUGCUACAAUGAAAGGAAAUGCCUUGGGGGAGGUUUGAGCUCACUGGCUUGACUUGAGCCUUUGUGAGUGUCUGUGGUGGAGAGGCUGGCAGGCAUAAAUAAGCCUCCAAUGUUGGGGCUUCUCCACACUCCUCAGCUGGUCCUUUCCUCUGGUGCUUUGUGAGGGUUGCUAGCGGGCAAGAGUGCAGUGCGGAGCUUACUCUUCCCCAGGUUUCCUGAGUUGCUUAUCCUGCCCAGUCUUCUGUGUUUGGUGGACCCAUACCCAGGAAGGAUAAUGUGGUUUUGGUAGUAACACUUAAAUUAAUUCCCUAUGUUUUACUUCUUUGCUACCCCUACUCCAUGAAGAACAAAACCUGUGGAAUAAAUCUUACUAGAAUUAUGAGACGGGAAGCAGCAGCUUUCCUGUCUAGAGACUACAGUAGUUAUACAUGUGAUGUGAGGGCCUGAUUGGUAUUGCGGCAGCUCCCAUGGAAGGGCAGUGGAGGGUCUGGUGCAGACUGUGGGCAGUGUACUAGACCAGUUAGGUGAGACCGGGGACUGGCUCCCAGCAGGGUUAUUAGGGCAGCUGCAGGCCCCAAGGAGCCUGAUAGGCUGUAACUGAACAGAAGAGGUUCUUCUUUUUUUAAACUUUUAUUUUUAAAUACUCUUUUUUACACUGUUUUCUUGGUACUUUUUUUAUGCUUAAGUCAGCAUUGUCUUCCAGUGUUAAAGGCAUCCCUUGCCUCUUCAUGUGUCAAUAUUAAUAGGAAUGGGCAGACUGUCCAUCCCGAGCCAGUUCAAUUAAAUGUAAAUUCAUACUGUUUUAAUUUUUUAUGCAAUCUGAUGAGUAGAUGAGCUCAGAUUUAAAAUCCUUAAAAGCACGUUUAUUGUAACAGGAAUUGUUAUGUAUUAAUACUGCAGUUUUCAAUAAAGAUUGACUUGUGUUGCA